AUGACGGCAGUCCUGCCACCCGAGCUGUUCGACGAGACAAUCGACCAUCUGUGGGACGACCCGCCGUCGCUUAAGGCGUGUAGCCUCACUUGCCGCAGUUGGAUACCAAGCAGUCGCCUGCACCUCUUCCACACCGUACGUCUGCGCGACUCAGCGGACUGCGAGCGGCUGGAAGCCCUCGUCGCCGCGUCGCCCAGCAUCACGCGAUGCGUGCGGCGACUCUCGCUCAGCGCAGAGUAUGGGGGCGUCGAUGCGGACGGGCACGCAUGGGAGGACGACGGGUGGGUGGACACCGCCGCGCCAUUGCUCGCGCAGCUCACGCGCGUCACAACGCUCGGCCUCUCGCGCAUCCGGUGGGAUGCGUUGCACCCUGAGACGCAGAGUACCAUCCUUCGGCUUUCAAAGUCCGUGCGGUCACUAUUCCUGUUCGAGGUCCGAUUCGCGACCGCGUACGACGUUCUUGAAUUUCUUUCGGCAUUCCCAGCCCUCGAGGAGCUGUACUUUCAUGCCGUGUCAUGGGCACAGGAUUCCAUGGAUACGAGGCCAGAUAGUACUGCCCUGUCACUAGCGGUGGAUGCCGUGCGGGGAAAUAUCCGGUUGACAUACCUGUUCCUGGACGCGCGCUCGUCGCCAACGCUGGUGACGGAGUGGCUACUACGGCACCCAUCGGAGCAGCGCCUACGCACGAUCCAACUCUGUUGGCGCGAGAUCGAGAACACCAAGGCCGUCGGUGACUUGUUGUAUGCGAGCGGCGCUGCGCUAGAACAGCUGCAAGUCGAGUUCCCUGCGGGCGUUCCCGAGGAAGCCGUGCUGGAAGACCACCUGAGUCUCGCGGCGAACACCUGCCUGCGGUCGCUGCACUUUGGCGGGCUGAAUGCGGCGCAAUCGCACUCGUUCGUCUCGCGGCGGUUGUUCCCGUGGGUGACGGGUAUGCUCGCCCAGCUACGCUCGCGGCGGCUGCAAGAGGUGACGUUCGAGCUCGCUAUCACUGCCGUUCGCGACCUGCUUGGACUCGACUGGGAGCGCAUUGAUCGCGAGCUGUCGAAGGAGGAGUUUGCGGGGCUUAUGGUGGUGUUUCGGGUGAGCUGCGAGGAUAUUUGGGGCGAUAUCCGGGAGGAGGUGCGUGAGCUUGUGACCAGCCGAUUGGUGGGUUUCCAGAGCAAGGGGUCGCUGUGCGUCUCCUGCAUCUAA